GAAUUGAAACAGUUCUAGACAACAAGACAACCAAGGCAUGUGCCAAGAACGAAGCCCAAUUGGUCAAGCAAUUAGAGGCGAACAAAACGCAUGAUUUACAUGUGCUCAUGGGCAAUGGGCAUAUGGGCAAUCCUUGUUGGUGAAGGUGAAGUUCAUUAGACUGAACCAGAAUAAAACAAGCUCUCAGCAUCUCAUUGACGUCUCUGUUCGUGUUGAGUAAUAAUUUUCUCGUGUAAGACGAACGUACCGAUAUGAAAACCCUCACUUCUUCAAAGAGUAUUCAGACGUCGCUCGGCCAAGUACAAUCCUGAUGUGCGAGCCUGUGUUUCUGGGUGCGUGUUCAAGCCAAUGGGAUGAUUGUUUUACGCUCGAUAGGGGGGAAGAUAACAGUAUCAGUGAUAUUGUGUAAUUGUUAAUAAAAAUUACACUUAACACCCACCCCAAGCACAUUUGUGUGAUCAUUCCUCCGAGGAACUAUGAAGAUUCUGAUUUCAUUCCUGGGGGCAGCCCUGGUCGUGGCGACUGUGGCCACCACCUUAAUUCUUUCACUAAGGCCAAACGCUCCCCAAGAAUCGAUGCCUCUUGAACAAGCUAAAGCUGACGGAGAUCCACUGGCCUUUGACGACAUCAUUCAAGGCAAGUUCUAUGCCAGGACCUUCAAUGGAAAAUGGUGGUCCGAUAAUGAAAUUCAAUACAAGAACUCGGACGGCGAUCUAGUCCUUUGGAACGUGGAGACCAACACCACCAAAGUUCUAGUUUCCCAUGAAAUUCUCUCGAAAUUUGAGGCUUCAAGAUUCUUGGGAUUUGCUCCGCACAGCGAUUCUUUGCUGCUCAUGGCAUCACAUGUUACGCCAAUCUGGAGACACUCGUUUGAGGCAAAUUACGUUGUGUAUGAUGCUUUAGAGGACAAGAGCUACCCAAUUUUCCCCCAAGGGUCUUCGGCUGACGUGAAGCUGCAAUUUGCCUCCUGGGCCAAUCAUCCCUCCGAAAACCGAUUGGUUUUCAUUCACGAGAAUAAUCUCUUUUACAAGACUGAUCCUAAGAGCGCAGACUCGGAAAUGCAAGUAACCACGGACGGAGUUGUGGACACCAUCUACAAUGGCAAGCCCGAUUGGGUCUACGAAGAGGAAGUCCUAUCCAGUAACAAUGCUAUCCAUAUUUCGGGCGACGGAAAAUAUCUGGCGUUUGCUCGUUUCGACGAUUCCGCUGUCGAAGAAUUUCAUUACACCAAAUUUGGCGAGCCUUCCGACCCCUACGGUAACAAGUACCCUAAUGAAAUCAUGGUCAAGUACCCCAAAACGGGAUCUUCUAAUCCAACUGUUCAGUUCCUAGUCAAGGAUCUUGACGCUCCAGAGGACGACCUAAUGACGGUUAUUCCCCCAACGGAGGUGACGGCUUUCGGUGACUUUUUGUACACAGUAGCUGAUUGGACCAGGGACGGCGUUUUCAGUAUCAUUUGGAUGAACCGAGUUCAAACCCAGUCGAUCGUGAGUGAAUGUUCACUACAAGGAGGUCAAUGGGAAUGCGUUAAGGUGUAUGAAACGGAGGAAACCAACGGAUGGAUUGACCUCUUUCAACCGCCCGUGUACAAAAGUGAUGGGAAGGAAAUGCUCCUGAUUCUUCCAAACGAGUUUGAGGGCCUUCACUACCGUCAUUUGGCCAAGAUCAACAUUCAAGGGGAGAAAACCACGUUCCUUUCUAGUGGGAACUACAUUGUCACGGGCGUGAUUCUUUGGAAUGAAGUGGAUGGCUUGAUCUACUUUACUGGAACUGAAUCGGGUGUACCCGGUGCCCGACACUUGUAUUCCGUCUCCGAUUCUGGAGACAACUCGGAACCGACUUGCAUCACCUGUGGCCUUGUUAUGCCCUCCAGUGGAGAACCGUGUCUUUACAACGUGGUUUAUAUUAGUACAAAUGCACAAUAUUACGUUCAUGUAUGCCAAGGCCCUCAAAUCCCGGAAGUGGCUCUAAGAACCAUGGGGCAGGAUUCGAGGGUGGUUCAAGUUUUAGAGGAUAAUGCUGCUCUUCAGUCCGAAUUGAGCACGAAGGCCGUGGCCGAGCGUAUGUAUAUGGAAGUGGACGUAGCGAAUGGUUUUAAGGCACCAGUUCGUCUUUUGCUUCCGGCUGGAUAUGACGCUGCCGCCAUCAAAAGAUACCCCAUGAUUGUACAUGUUUAUGGAGGGCCAGAUAGCCAAGAAGUGGAUUAUCGGUGGUCCGUGGGCUGGGGAGACUAUUUCGUUUCCAAUUACGACGUGGUGUACGCCUCAAUUGAUGGGCGUGGAACUGGGGGUCAGAGCAACGAGUUCCUUUUCGAGGUAUUCCGUUCUCUAGGCACCGUGGAAAUGCAAGACCAGAUCUCGGUCAGUGAAUCCUUGGCCCAACAAUUCGCAUUCCUGGACCCCAGCCGUUUUGCAAUUUGGGGUUGGUCCUAUGGGGGCUAUGCCACCGCUAUGACCCUCAUUCAAGACACAGCUGACGUAUUUGCUUGUGGGAUUUCGGUGGCCCCGCCCACGGAUUGGUUGUUUUACGAUACGGUCUACACGGAGCGAUACAUGGGACUUCCCACACCCGAAGACAACAUGGGUGGAUAUAACCAAAGUAGUCUCCUGAAUAAGGUCGAGAACCUCAGAGGCAAACAGUUCUUGCUCAAUCAUGGCGUGGCCGAUGAUAACGUCCACUUUCAACAAUCAAUGAUGCUCAUCCGCGCCUUGGAAUUAGCCGACAUUCACUUCGAACAGAUCAGUUACCCAGACAGUAACCAUGGUAUCAGCAAUGGGGUGUCGCCAUUUUUGUAUUCAGAGUUACAAAGAUUCUUUGGUCAGUGCUUAGAUUUCACCCCCGUAGAACACAAAAUGGAUUUGACUUCUCAUUGAAAAAUAAACUAACGUCACACUACAACCAAA